AUGUCAGCCACGUCCUAUUCCUCCUCUCCUCGCGUUCUUUUUCGCGGUCUACCUUGCACUCUUACUCUUCGACACCCGCCUUGUCUCACUCCCCCCGGCGACGCGCUUCGGUCAGGUUAUUGCGAGUGUGGGCUUUGGAUGCGACGUCUCGCAGAACCGCACGCUGAAGACACUAUGGGCGCGCGAUGUCGCAGACCCGCCAGACGAGAACAUGUAUCAGUGCAGGCGAUUCUUAUAUUCCUCCCUCAAACACUGCUUCAACGUAUCCACCGUCACUCCCCAGUCGCGCGGCGUCUUUCUGUCUAA